AUGGAAUGGAAGUUGAAGUUUCCGAAUGCAGUGGUGCACAGGCUCAUAGAGUCAGGCUCGGAUCAUGCUCUACUUUUGAUGGAAACCGAACCUCAAUCCUGGCAUAGUAAAAGGCGGUUUAAAUACCAGGAACAUUGCUGUGGAGAAGAGGAUGUCAAGAGAAUUGUCAGUGAAGUGUGGAGAAUGGAAGUUGUAGGCUCAGCUAUGUUCUCCUUGGCCCAAAAGUUGAAAGUUUGUAGACAUAGACUAGUUCAAUGGCAGAAAACUCACAAAGAAAACUCUCGAAAAGAAAUUGAGGACCUUCAAGCUAAACUAGAGGAGUUGCGGGUGGCUGGAAUCAAUGGAGGAGAGGAGGUUAUCAGUUUGGAGAAGAAGUUGGAGCUGGCAUAUUUGAAAGAAGAGAGCUAUUGGCAAGAAAAAUCUAGAGUCAAGUGGCUAAAAGAAGGAGAUCAGAACACUAGAUUCUUUCACCAAAAAUUUCAAUCAAGGAUGCAAAGGAACAAAAUUUAG